UUCUUAUUUACAGUUUUUAAAAAUCAAAGUUCAUUCACACGAACAUAAAGAUGAAAUAUUUAACAUCUUUCCUUGUGAUCUUUGGUAUCCUUGGCCGUACAUACGGUUUGGAUUGCUACUCCUGCACAGAUACUGAGUAUAAUGGAGAGGCAUUAGAAACUUGUUUCACUACUGUAUCAGGGACAACAACUUCUGCUACUUGUGCAGCUGAUUCAGGAACAACUGUGUAUUACUGUAGUACAAAAUUUACAGUUGAAGAUGGUGUCACUACGGGGGUUGUGCGAGCUUGUGCUGCGAGUACUUCUGAUGAAGACACUCACUCCGAUGCAGUUCCAACCGCAGAUAGAUGUAUAACCGUUCUUUCUGCUACCGGCGAUCCUACCGCGACCACAGAAUGCUACUAUCAUUGCAGCGCAACCGACCACUGUAACACUGAAAAUACAGCCUCGUUGAAACAAUGCCCAAAUGAUUGUACCCCCGGUCAAGGAAGCUGCAACUAUAUCACCGGAGUAUGCGUUUGUGACUCAGCAUGGUCUGGUACUGAUUGCAACACGGCAGUUACUUCAACCGCAAGCGGGGCCUCCAGAAAAUGUGUUCAGUGUAACUCAGAAAUUGAUAGUGGAUGUAGUACAUCAACAACAAGUGUAGAUUGUCCAGGGACUCAAGCAUAUUGCUCUACAAGAACAUCAACCAUUUUUGACGGAUCCGAUGCAGUUAUCCGCACUGUCACCACCAAAGCUUGCACAUCUGCUUUCAAAGCUGUUGAUCAAUGUGUAUUCAACGAUAUUCACACUGACUCACCAAUUAGCGAUUCAGCUGUUGGUUACAGCGAGUUUAACUGUUUCUCUACCUGUGAUACCAAUGACUGCAAUACCAACACAGCUGAUGGAGUGAUCAACGGUAAUGAAGCAGUUGUGCUCCAAUGUGUCGUUUGUAGUGAUACAACAGGGGACGGUACCUGCAACACAGCAACAGCAAGACAAGCUUGUCCGAGCGGAUCAACUCAUUGCAAACAUACAGCAAUAUACCAUAUAUCUGACAGAGUCGACCUUUCUUACACAGCCGAUCCAGGAUAUGAUCUUGUUAGCGUUGUACGUGAGUGCGCCACGGCUGCCGUGACAAGAGAAUGCACUGAAGCUUCAGUCGGAAGUCUCAGUUUCAAGAAAGUUACUUGCACUGAAACAUGCCAGGGUGACGGAUGUAACGUUGGAUGGCCUGCAAGACCCGAAUGCAUCACCUGCUCGUCACAUCUCGUAUACGAUACUGAUGACUAUGAUCAAUGCCUUGAAAAUCCUCCUAUGGCUGCUGCUUGUACUAAUCCGUAUGAAGCAUACUGCGUGAUCCAAGAAAGCGGAAUACGAAAGGGAAGCAGAAAAAGUGUUGAGGGAUAUCCUCGAAGAAUAACUCGCGGUUGUCACCAUUCUGACAUCGGAACUGCCUGCUCUACUUACACUCCUCGUGACACAGAAAUGGAGUCAUGCAAUCGUACAUGCACAACAGAUGGAUGUAAUGUCGGAAGCGGAGGUUUGAUGCCAGUCGUUACUCUUCUGACAUUCCUUCUACCAGCAGCCUUUGGAAUGCUCACACAACGCUAUUUUUAAAUUAAAUUUCCAGAGUAAUUUUAUCCCUAUAAACAUUGAUGUUAUUACUUUUAUUUAUAUUAACAAAAGUACAGGAUUAAAUUUGAGUAUUGCUGUGAAAAUUAUUAUCAAGAAGUGAUUUUCAAUUUUUUGUAGUUUUAACGACGAUGAAUUAAGCCAUAACAUCUGUUACAAAAGUAUUUUAUUUAUUCAAGACUUAAUGAGUCGUGACUAUUGAAUAAAGAUUCGUGAAGUUUA